AUGACAGGUAAGAAGGAACAUCCGAAGCAACCCCCUUCAAAGGAGACCCAACAGCGGUCCCGUAAUGGAGGAUAUCGCUCCAGCCACCCACCAGUACCGACCACGCCGGUAGCAAUACACACGAACCACGUGGCUGACCCCGACUACCCUCCUGGCGGAUAUGAAGCCUAUCGAGCUCAAUGGGAGUCCUUUCGCAAUGCCCAAGAAGCCCAAAGACACCGAGGUUCCGGUGUAAUGGACCCUAAUACACAACGCGACAAAAUACAGCGUAUAGAAAAAUGGAUCAUGGAGAUAGAGACCCCCGACGAAGAAUAUUCACCGGCGAAAACCAUCGACGACUCCACGGAGCGCGGCGCUGAUGCUGACAGUGAAACUAUUGCUGACUUUACCACCCUCACCGGGUACACCACCAUCACUAGCCAAACAGCCAGUGCCGGUGUCUCAAACGUCAUGUAUCCGCCCCAACUCCCCUAUCCAAAUCUAGGUACGUGUACUCCUCCCAAGUCGGGCUCGCAAAGGUACAUGGACUGGGAUGAUUAUUACUACGACAAGGAACCGAGCACGUUCAACGGAAGAUACUUCGCACAGUUUGUCGAUAACAACAACGGCGGCCUAGCCAUGCACCCAUAUGAAAAUACUCCUCUACCCCCGUCUACCCACGACCAACCCCCCCACCUCACCUACCACCAGCUGCUCCACGGCUGUACCUACGCGGGCCCGGGCAAGUGUUGUCCUUUCACCAACAACCCCAACCCUCUCACACAAAACCCCCCUAACGAUGAAGUAGCAGUACACGCACACGCACACGCACACGCCCCCAUAAACCCGAACCUGCUAGGUGCGGCCCCGAGCCCUCCGUAUAGUAUCAGCGCUCCUGUACAUACGGAUAGCAAGCCAGACACGCCUUCGACCUACAAGGGCCCCUCUGAUAUCGAUGCCCACACGCUGCCGCCGGAGAGAGCGGCGAAGAGGGAUGGGGCGGAUUGGGUUGUUGUUAAGCAUGAUAAGAGGAAGGGGGGGAAGAAGGGGUAA